CUGCAUUUCUAUCGUCACCACCACGCUUUCCUUUCGUUAACCUCUCGUCGGCUCGUUGCUUCCUCCCUACACUCCAGCCGCGCCAACGCCCCAAAUCCCAGCAUAUGGAGGGGGUUGCGCCCGCCGUCUCGCUGUUCCGCCCACGCGCUUCCGCACGCCCCACCAUUGUCCUCGCCGAGAAUUCCGGCAGCGCCCGGAGGAGCCCUGGUGCAGGCGGGAGGAGCAGGGGGGUUUCAAGGCUUAGUCCGGAGAUGUCUCCCGGCGGGGCCAGUCGGAGGAUGAGUAAGUUACGGAAGCACGGUAGCAGGGAGGCAGAGGCUGCAGCUCGAUCAGGAAUCACUAGAGUUCCAAACCUUGGUACUGCAGUUUCUACUAAAAGAGCAGGGAUGAGUAAGGAUACGGUUAUUAAUUUGGACGUAUCUCAUCACAGAGCGGCAGUUGCAGUGGUGAGGUUGCUAAGAAUCGAGAAGGGAAAAGCAUUUGUAGACCUUUUGAAUGAGAAAGCAAAUGAUUCUGGAGAGAAAGAGAUAGGAUAUGUGGAGAGGACGCUAGGUUUCAGCACACGCUAUUUGGAUGACAGGGACAUAAGACUGGUUACUGUCAUAGUUGCUGGAACUGUGCGUUGGAAACGCUACCUGGAUUAUCUAAUCAUGUCGCUAUGCAGUGAGGAGAAGGUUUUCAGGGAGAUGGAGCCACUGCUCCUUCAGAUAUUGAGAAUUGGCUUUUUUGAAAUUCUCAAGCUUGAUGUACCUGCUUAUGCUGCUGUUGACGAGAAUGUAAAGCUUGCUAAAGUAGCUUUAAGGCCUGGUGCUGGGAAUAUGGUGAAUGCAAUUCUGCGUAAACUUGUAUUGCUAAAGGAGACAGACUCUCUUCCUCUUCCAAAGAUAGAAGGCGAUGAUCGUGCCCAAGCUCGUGCUCUUUCUAUAAUUUAUUCUCAUCCUGUUUGGAUGGUGAGAAGAUGGAUACGAUUUCAUGGAAAAGAUGAAGCUCUAAGAUUGAUGAAUUGGAAUAACAGUGAUCCUCAUUUCAGUCUAAGGGUGAACACAUCAAAAGGCUAUACUAGGGCUGACCUUGUAAAACGAUUGGAAAGUUUACAGGUUCAUUAUGAAGAAUCGGUUAUGGAUGGAUUUGUCCGCAUUCAGGAAGGGAUGCAGGCAGUCCUACAAGCUGGAUUACUGAAAGAUGGCAUUUGUGCUGUGCAAGAUGAGAGUGCAGGCCUUGUAGUGUCUGUGGUCGAUCCACAACCUGGGGAAACAAUUGUUGAUUGCUGUGCUGCACCUGGUGGAAAGACUCUUUUUAUGGCAUCACGGUUGUCAGGAGAAGGGAAGAUACAGGCUCUGGACAUAAACAAAGGUCGCUUGAGAAUACUCAUGGAUGCAGCAAAGUUACACGGUCUAGAUGAUAUAAUCACCGACAUCCAUGCUGAUCUUCGACUAUAUGCUAAGGAAACCACUGCUAAAUAUGACAAAGUAUUGUUGGAUGCUCCAUGCUCUGGGCUGGGAGUCCUUUCCAAGAGGGCGGACUUACGUUGGAAUAGACAGUUUGAAGAUUUGGAAGAGUUGAUAUGUUUACAAGACGAGCUUCUUGAUUCGGCAUCAAUGUUGGUAAGGCCUGGUGGUAUACUAAUCUACAGUACGUGUUCAAUUGACCCUGAAGAAAAUGAAAAGAGGAUUGCUGCUUUUGUUCAGAGGCAUCCGGAAUUUGCUCCUCAGAGUGUAUGUGGGUAUGUUCCUACAGAAUUUAUCACGGAUGAAGGUUUCUAUUCCUCAAAUCCAACUAAACACUCUAUGGAUGGGGCAUUUGCUGCACGUCUUGUCCGGUCAUCACACUAAGGUUAUAGGAGUUGCCACAAGGCCACAGCUAGAUUAGUUGCAUCAUGAACAAGAAUGCUGAGGAUGCCCUGAAGAAAUCCAUUUGAUGAGUAAUGUUAUAAAUGUAUUUUUCAAGCCAAGGUACUAGAACUACACCUGCUUGAAUGGUCUGCCACUGUGCGUCUCUAUUUAGUUGAUCCUAAUGUAGUAUGACUAUGACACUUUUCUCUAAUGCUGCAAAUGGUAGAGUUAGUAGUGAUAAGCAUUUCCGGAUGGAUGCACUCAUCCAAAAUUCCAAAUGUAGCCUAACAGACAUACAUUUAGUUAACUAUGGUAUUUUAGAAAUUACUCUAGUGCAUGUUAUUUGUAGGCAAUACCCGACAAGUGUCGUCAUUACUCUGUGGAUGAAACAAGGUUUUUUAUCAGCAUGGAAGUUAUAUAUAUCAUUCCUUAUUUGCAAUCA